AUGAUUACUAUCCAUGCAUUAGAGCAAAUGAUGAAAGAAAGGAUUUGCUGUGAUGUGUCAACAGAACUUCCGGUGCAAUUGCCCGGCUAUCCAGUCAAGGGAACAAUUUCCAUCAAUUUCAUUAAACCAUCAUGUAUAACCAACAUAUCGGCACGUUUGUUAGGCGAUGGAGAGGUUAACUUCACUUCAAAAGAGCAUUACCAUUUCUAUAAUCGACGGGUAUAUGUGGAUGAGACUCAAGAGUUAUGGAGACACAGUACAAUCAACAAGAUGUUGGACAUGCAAGUUGAUCAGAAUCAGAAUUCAAGCCGAGUACUACAAGGAAGGUUUUCGUUCAAUUUUAAUUUCAACUUACCGGACGAUUGUGUGACUUCAUUCCACUGCCCUAAUUCGCCAGUUAGUAUUCGUUAUAUGAUUGAGUUCCGAUUUUACACUGGCGAAGCUUAUGCGACUCAUGAACAUGGCAUAACCGUUCUAGCUCCUAUCGGUGUUCGUCGAGACAGCAUUAUUCAUAAGAGUGUACAUUCGAAGAUCUAUCGCUUUCCAAAGGAUCGCGAAAUCUUUUUGGAAUGUACAUUAGACCGAACCAUUUUCCGUACAGCUGAUCCUAUUGCUGCUCAUAUAGUUGUGACAAAUAAAUGGAAGCAAUCAUUGAAAUAUGUUCACAUGAGCAUUGUGCGAUGUAUCACAGCUGAAGGUUACAUGAUUGACAAUUCCAAACUGCUUGAUAAACAUACCGCCUUCAUUGACACAACAGGUGUUGGUCUGCCCUCUUCACAUCCUAAAAUAGCGAUCGGGGAAACGUUCAACUUCUGUCCAGACUUCAAUGUUCCCGCAUUACCACCAUCUAUGGAUGUUGGAAUGUUCAUGACAGCUUCAUAUUAUUUAAAAAUAGCCAUUGGAAGAGCUCAUAACUAUGUAUUGGCAACACUCAAGAUCCCAAUAACUAUUGUAACAGACGUGCUUGAAGCAGACAGUAUGAUAACACCUGUGUCUUAUGAUGAUAUGCUUGUUGAUUUGUCUCCAACAGUUUCCUCUCCAGCAACAUCGUUCCCACAAGUCGUUGACUUGUUAGCAUAA